GCCCGACCUCACACCAUCUUUUCUUCCCAAACAUCGAAACCACAACCACAACGAGCACUCUUCGCCUUUUGCAACACAUCUCCUGAACACUCAAGCUUAGAUCUUUCAUCUCAAAUCCGAACUCAGAACCAACAAAAUGGCGGAAGAAGCAGCCAACAAAGCGCGCGGAUACAAGUCCACCCUCUCCAACCCCAACACCUCCGACGAAGCCAAGCAGCAUGCCAAAGAAGUCCUCGAGAAUGAACUCGGAGAGGGCGACGUCAAACUCAGCGAUGAAGGCGGCAAGGAUCCCGGCAACGUUGCUCGUGGUUUGAAAGCUGCAAUCAACAACCCCAACGUCUCCGAGGAGGGCAAGAAGUCUGCGCAGGAGAAACUGGAUAACAUGUGAAGCUUGAACUUCUUCCGUAGCCCAGCAGCAGUGCCCUCCAGUUCCCCGGCCUUCGGCUGUCGACAUCCUGACCCGAGCGGGCGAUCAGGGGAUGACUGCGGACUUUCAUAUUCAUGGGGGUGAAAAAGUCUGCGGAGCUGGCUGGGACAAGGACGUAAUGGAUGCGCCAUAGGCAUGACAUUCUCAAGAUAGCUGGAGAGUUCUCCUAGCUAGCGAGCACUGAAUACCCAAGAAUUGCAGCAAAAUGCUUGGUCUUAGAA